CAGAGCGAAGCCCUUGUCAGUGUCAACAGCUACCUUUGGACAAAAUGGAUACAGUUCUAUAUUUCAGUGUUCUCCUCCUUACGGCGGUUCGUCCAAUGUACUCGGCUCCCAGAAUCGUGGACUUGUCUCAUCAACAAGACGAUAACGCCGUCAGCUGGCCAGUCAACCCGCCGUAUAAUUUUACCAAACUUCAUCGGGGAUUCUAUGCACCCUUCAAUAUCUGGCUAGAAAACAAUCACAUCGCAAUGCCAGAGCAUAUGGGCACUCAUGUAGACGCCCCAGUUCAUACGUUCAAGGGCACUUGGAGGACGCAUCAAAUCCCGAUUGAAAAAUUAUAUGGACCUGGAGUUAUAAUAAAUGUUAAAGCCAAGGUCGAGAGCAAUCCAGAUUACAGAGUUUCCACAGAUGAUCUUUUGAAAUACGAAGAAAAAUAUGGAGAAAUUCCCAGGCAUUCCGUAGUUAUAAUGAACUCGGGUUGGACUCAAAAGUACUUAAACAAUACUCUGGUAUGGGGAACCAUGCAGCUUCUGGAUUCUUCUACAUUUCAUUUUCCUAGCUGGCACGAGGAAGCUGUCACGUGGCUGAUAAACAAGCGACAGGUCAACGCUAUUGGAGUGGACACGCCCUCUACCGAUUAUGGACAGUCCAAAACAUUACCCUGUCACUUGAUCAUGGGGAAAAAUAACGUGGUAGGGAUUGAGAAUGUUGCCAAUCUGGAUAACAUUCCAGAAAGCGGAAGCACUAUUUACGUUCCGGUUAUCAAGAUUUAUGACGGAAGUGGUGGACCUGCGCGUCUUUUCGGGACAUAUGAUGACGAUCCCGACAAAACAAACGCAGCAUCUACAGCUACAAGCUCCAUGUUCUACACGUGUUUUUUCAUCAUCCCUCUUAUUAUCAAAUUCUAGAAUUUAAGCUUUUUAAUAUAUAUACUUCCUUGAACAUUUAGAUUGUUUGUAUAGUCAAUAAUGUACAUUUCUUAAAACUUGAUUACCCCAUUAACUUGUUUCUCUUCCAGUGGAGGAAGUAGUUCAUAAUAUUGAUAAACUGAAGUACUCAGUUCCUAAAAUUAUAGAAUCCAUACAAUGCGCUUCAAAUUUUGAAUGUAAAGGGUGAAUAUA